AUGUCUGCAGCAGCCAUCCCGCUGAGCAUCAGGGGGUUGUAUCAGAGAGCAGCUGGCAACGGACUGCUCGAGAAACCUGCGCAAUUGGAAGCCACUGGAAUAGGCCAAACAAAAAACAAUACUCGGAACUCGGCAGAACUCAUACUCCGCAAACCUCUCAUUGGCUAUUUUCCGUGCAAAGAUUCGGCGCGGAAUAAACUCUUCCGAUUGGAUGCCAUUCCAACACGUGAUCUCGUGCUUGUUUGGGAUCGGCCCAGAGAAGAUGGGAAAAGCAGCAAAGAUACAAAGCAAUUUGAAUGUUGGUGGAGAGGGCAAGGUAUAGGUUCGCAAACACUUGCAAAGCAUUGA